CCCUGAAGAAGCAAUGUUCCAAAACCUAGUUAAAAGUUCAGACUCAUGCGGUUAUACCUUCUCCCUUCUUUUUUUGUCAGCCUCCAUCUCCUGUCUAUUGACUGUGUCAAUGGAGGAGAACCAAAUUCCGCCAUCCCAAGAGAUGCAGUCCCUCUCAGUCAACUCCUCUGAUCCAAAUUCUAAUCCUGCCUCCUCUUCUUCUUCCUCUUUCCAGCUGACUGCGGAGGAGAGGUUUCGAAUCGUGAGGAGCGUUGGAGAAGAAUGUAUACAAGAGGAUGAGCUCUUCAAUCUUCUCUCCAAAAAGCCCCAACCCAUUUGCUAUGAUGGCUUCGAGCCUUCUGGGAGGAUGCACAUCGCCCAGGGAGUCAUGAAGACGAUAAAUGUGAACCAAUUGACUUCAGCUGGUUGCAAGGUGAAAAUUUGGAUUGCUGAUUGGUUUGCCCAGCUAAACAACAAAAUGGGUGGGGAUUUGAAGAAAAUUCAAACUGUAGGACGUUAUUUUAUUGAGAUAUGGAAGGCAGUUGGGAUGGAUCUUGAAGGAGAUAAAGUAGAAUUUCUAUGGUCUUCAGAGGAAAUUAACUCUCGGGCAUCUGAGUACUGGCCUCUUGUAAUGGAUAUAGCCCGUAGGAACAAGCUUCCAAGGAUAAUGAGGUGUGUUCAAAUAAUGGGUCGUAGUGAGCAGGACGAGCUGUCAGCUGCUCAGAUUCUUUAUCCAUGCAUGCAGUGCGCUGACAUAUUUUUUCUCAAGGCUGACAUUUGUCAGUUGGGCAUGGAUCAACGGAAAGUGAACGUACUUGCAAGAGAAUACUGUGAUGACAUCAAGAGGAAAAACAAGCCUAUCAUUUUAUCUCAUCACAUGCUCCCUGGUUUACAGCAAGGGCACGAAAAGAUGUCUAAAAGUGAUCCAUCUUCCUCCAUCUUCAUGGAGGAUGAAGAGGCAGAAGUAAAUGUGAAGAUAAAGAAGGCAUAUUGUCCCCCAAACAUUGUUGAAGGGAAUCCUUGUCUGGAUUAUAUCAAAUACAUUAUCUUCCCAUGGUUUAAUGAAUUUAAGGUGGAGCGCAGUGCUGAACAUGGUGGAGAAAAGAUUUUUAAAAGCUUUGAAGAAGUUGUUACUGAAUACAAAAGUGGCGAACUGCAUCCUGGUGAUCUGAAACCUGCUAUUGCUAGAGCAUUAAAUAAGAUACUGCAGCCUGUACGUGAUCAUUUCAACAAUGAUGCUAAUGCUAAGGAUCUGUUAAAACGGGUCAAGGGUUACAGAGUAACGAGGUGAUGUGGAAGAACAUGAGCAGAUCUGUGUUGGCUUCUCUAUGUUGCAUGCAAAGGAAAGGAGCUCUGUUGGGUUCUGAUGCUGCCAUUCUUAAACUAAUACAAAACUUGAAUGGUAUUAUUUAUUUUUAGUUUCUCAAACUCAGAACCAGGUUUAGUUUGUGUUUAUACUGAUGCUAUUAGAAUUUGAAGCCAGCAAUUAGAAAUUUUCUGUGAUGCCCCAA